AUGUCUCAAGACAACGUCUCAUCAACAUCUACAGCUGAGGCUGUAAAUAAUGAAAUCAAAGUCAAAGAUGAAUUUCCACAAGAAGAACAAGCUCAUACUAGUUUAGAAGAUAAACCAGUGAGUGCAUACAUUGGUAUCAUCAUUAUGUGUUUCCUUAUUGCCUUUGGUGGUUUUGUUUUUGGUUUCGAUACUGGUACUAUUUCCGGUUUUAUUAAUAUGUCUGACUUUUUAGAAAGAUUCGGUGGUACUAAAGCUGACGGUACUCUUUACUUUUCCAAUGUCAGAACUGGUUUAAUGAUUGGUUUGUUCAACGCUGGUUGUGCCAUUGGUGCAUUAUUCUUGUCCAAAGUCGGUGAUAUGUAUGGUAGAAGAGUUGGUAUCAUGACUGCUAUGAUUGUCUAUAUUGUUGGUAUUAUUGUUCAAAUUGCUUCUCAACAUGCUUGGUAUCAAGUCAUGAUUGGUAGAAUUAUUACUGGUCUUGCCGUCGGUAUGUUAUCAGUUUUAUGUCCUUUGUUCAUUUCCGAAGUUUCUCCAAAACAUUUGAGAGGUACUUUGGUGUGCUGUUUCCAAUUGAUGAUUACCUUGGGUAUCUUCUUGGGUUAUUGUACUACCUAUGGUACUAAGAGUUACUCAGACUCUAGACAAUGGAGAAUUCCAUUGGGUUUAUGUUUUGCUUGGGCUUUAUGUUUGGUUGCUGGUAUGGUUAGAAUGCCAGAAUCUCCACGUUACCUUGUCGGUAAAGACAGAAUUGAAGAUGCUAAAAUGUCACUUGCCAAAACUAACAAAGUUUCCCCAGAGGACCCAGCCUUAUACCGUGAACUUCAAUUAAUCCAAGCUGGUGUUGAAAGAGAAAGAUUGGCCGGUAAGGCAUCUUGGGGUACUUUAUUCAAUGGUAAACCAAGAAUCUUUGAAAGAGUUAUUGUUGGUGUCAUGUUACAAGCCUUACAACAAUUAACUGGUGAUAACUAUUUCUUCUACUACAGUACCACCAUUUUCAAGUCCGUUGGUAUGAAUGAUUCCUUCGAAACUUCUAUCAUUAUUGGUGUUAUUAACUUUGCGUCCACUUUUGUUGGUAUCUACGCUAUUGAAAGAAUGGGUAGAAGACUCUGUUUGUUAACUGGUUCCGUUGCCAUGUCAAUCUGUUUCUUAAUCUAUUCCUUGGUUGGUACUCAACAUCUUUAUAUUGACAAACCAGGUGGUGCUAGUAGAAAACCAGAUGGUGAUGCCAUGAUCUUUAUGACUUCACUUUAUGUGUUCUUCUUUGCUUCUACAUGGGCUGGUGGUGUUUACUCCAUUAUUUCUGAACUUUAUCCAUUGAAAGUUAGAAGUAAGGCUAUGGGUUUAGCUAAUGCUUCCAAUUGGACCUGGGGUUUCUUAAUUUCUUUCUUUACUUCAUUUAUUACUGAUGCCAUCCACUUCUACUACGGUUUCGUCUUUAUGGGAUGUUUAGUUUUCUCCAUUUUCUUUGUCUACUUUAUGGUUUACGAAACUAAAGGUCUUACCUUGGAAGAAAUUGAUGAAUUGUACUCCACCAAAGUCCUUCCAUGGAAAUCAGCUGGUUGGGUGCCACCUUCCGAAGAAGAAAUGGCAACCUCUACGGGAUAUGCUGGUGAUGCCAAACCAGAAGAGGAACACGUUUAA